AUGGCCCACACUCACCAUGUUGACCAGGCCGCCCGCACGGCCUCCCCCGGCCGCCCGCCCUCCGUCCCUCCCUCCGAGGCCCGAGUCCGCGCCGCGGCCCUGAUUCACGGGCCGGGAGGUGAGGCCGGGCCGGGGCUCUCCACUGGGGCCCGGGCCUGCGCCGCCGCCGCCCCGCACUCACCGACGGCUGAGCUCCGACUGAAGCCGGAGGGAGGCGCGGCCGCCGCCAGUCGGUGCCGAGUUUCACUCAGCGGCUCAGCAGGCCCGACCCCGCCCGCCGGCCCCGGGCUCCCGGCCCCCCGACCCCAGCCCCGGGCUCCCGGACCCCCAGCCCCCACCGGACCCCCGACCCCAGCCCCGGGCUCCCGGACCCCCAGCCCCCACCGGACCCCCGACCCCAGCCCCGGGCUCCCGGACCCCCGGACCCCCGACCCCGUCCGCCGGCCCCGGACCCCCGACCCCCAGCCCCGGGCUCCCGGACCCCCGACCCCCACCGGACCCCCGACCCCAGCCCCGGACCCCGGGCUCCCGGAUCCCCCACCCCGGCCCCGGCCCCGGGCUCCCGGACCCCUGACCCCCAGCCCUGGGCUCCUGGACCCCCGACCCCCACCGGACCCCCGACCCCAGCCCCGGACCCCCAGCCCCAGGCUCCCGGAUCCCCCACCCCGGCCCCGGGCUCCCAGACCCCUGACCCCCAGCCCCGGGCUCCCGGAUCCCCCACCCCGGCCCCGGGCUCCCGGACCCCUGACCCCCAGCCCCAGGCUCCCAGACCCCCGACCCCCACCGGACCCCCAGCCCCGGGCUCCCGGACCCCCGGCCCCCACCAGACCCCCGACCCCAGCCCCGGGCCCCCGGACCCCCGACCCCAGCCCCGGCCCCCACCAAACCCCCGACCCCAGCCCCGGGCUCCUGGACCCCCGACCCCCACCGGACCCCCGACCCCGUCCGCCGGCCCCGGGCUCCCGGACCCCUGACCCCCAGCCCCGGGCUCCCGGACCCCCCACCCCCACCGGACCCCCGACCCCGUCCGCCGGCCCCGGGCUCCCGUUCACAAGCCGACGGGCUGAAUGGCCGGGUCCCGCUCCUGUCACCUGGACCGACAGGGUGGCCAGCCCGGUCCGUAACCCCAGCCUGGAGGACCAGAGCAUCUGUUACGUCAGGGCCUUCCUCCUGAGACUAAACCGCAACAGUGGAAGCUGUCUGGAGCAGAAGUCCUGCCAGCAUGGAUUCGGGGAUCAGCGGGGCACAGCAGUUGUCCACCCCAGCAAGGCACAGACACCAGGGACGCAAGUUAAUAAUUUUGGUCAAACAACUGAAGACUAG